GAAGAAACCACGCAGCCAGAAAGCACGGGGGUCGGUAGAUGGGCAGUAAUAGUCGGCGUAAGGCCAGCUCUCAGUGCACAGUGGUCAAACGCUUGGAUUGUGCAUGAACGUAAGUGGAUGCACCGCCUGCAAUAGCAAGUGGAAAAGAGCAUAUGGAAAGCAGGAGCGUAAAAUCCUGGGUGCGUUGAUGAGAAUCCUUUGAGCUCCAGUGGCCACGCCCAGAGACAACAUUUGUGACGGGAGGGCUGGAGAGAGAGAGAGAGAGAGAAAAGAAAGUUUGUUGAACCUUCGGGAGCAGAGAAGUCAGCGCGUAUCACAGCGAGGAUGGCAGCGAGCCUGCUGGUGUGGAAGGUGCUGCUCCUGCUCUUGUGUCCCGGGAUAGAGUCCCAGCAGAGAGGUCUUUUCCCAGCCAUCCUGAACCUUGCCAGCAAUGCUGUCAUCUCCACUAAUGCAACCUGCGGUGAGAAUGGGCCUGAGAUGUACUGCAAGUUGGUGGAGCACGUUCCUGGGCGGCCAAUACGCAACCCUCAGUGUCGCAUCUGUGACCUGAACAGCGCAAACCUGAAAGAACGGCAUCCAAUUACGAGUGCUAUUGAUGGAACCAACAAUUGGUGGCAGAGUCCCAGUAUCCAGAACGGCAGACAAUUCCACUGGGUGACAAUUACCCUGGAUCUGAGACAGGUAUUUCAAGUUGCCUACUUUAUAAUUAAAGCAGCAAAUUCUCCACGUCCUGGAAACUGGGUUCUGGAGCGAUCGAUCGAUGGCGUUAAGUUUGAACCCUGGCAGUAUUACGCCUCAAGUGACACUGAGUGCUUGACCCGUUACAACAUCGUACCUCGAACGGGGCCGCCCACUUACAAAAGAGACAACGAAGUGAUCUGCACGUCUUAUUAUUCCAGGCUCGUUCCACUGGAACACGGAGAGAUUCACACCUCGUUGAUCAACGGCAGGCCGAGUGCUGAUGACCCAUCACCAACUCUGUUGGAGUUUACCUCCGCUCGCUAUAUUCGCCUCCUCCUUCAGCGCAUUAGGACACUCAACGCUGACCUCAUGACCCUUGGAUAUUAUGACCCGCGGGAGGUCGACCCCAUUGUUACACGCAGGUAUUACUACUCCAUCAAGGAUAUCUCGGUCGGAGGCAUGUGUAUCUGUUACGGCCAUGCUGCCAGCUGUCCAUGGGAUGGAAAACUAAUGAGAUUACAAUGUCAGUGUGAACACAACACCUGCGGAGAGAGCUGCAGCAAGUGUUGCCCCGGUUACCAUCAGAAACCAUGGAAAUCGGGAACCUUCACCUCAGACAACAUAUGUGAGAAGUGUAACUGCCAUGGCAAAACAGAAGACUGUUACUAUGACCAAAGCGUGGCUGAUCACAACCUGAGUCUGAACAUACCAGGACAGUUUAUCGGUGGAGGCGUAUGUGUUAAUUGCACCAACAACACGGCAGGCAUCAAUUGUGAGACCUGCAUUGAUGGCUUCUACCGACCUUACAAGGUUUCUCCAUUUAACCCUGACCCUUGCUUGUCAUGCAACUGUGACCCAGCAGGGUCUCUGAAUGCCACUUGUGUGAAGGACGAAAACAAAGCCGUCACAGAAGAGGGUCUUUUCCCUGGUCAGUGCCACUGCAGAACAGGUUACGCUGGGAAGAUGUGCGAUAGGUGUGCACUGAGCUACAAAGGCUUUCCCAAUUGCAUGCGUUGCAACUGCAGUGUUGUGGGCAGCACCAACAAUGAUCCUUGUGCAGAACCAUGCCAAUGCAAGAGAAACGUGGAGGGAGAGAACUGUGACCUGUGCAAGCCAGGAUUCUACAAUCUGCAGGAGAGGAAUCCCGAAGGCUGUACAGAAUGUUUCUGCUUUGGACUCUCUGGUGUUUGUGAAAGCAUUUCCUGGCCUGUUACGCAGGUCAUGGAUAUUACUGGGUGGCAAAUGACUGACCAUCAGGGCGAAAUGAGGGUGCAUCCUUACCAGGAGGUGUUUGGUAGCUCUCGUCAAGUGGACGUCAACAACACAGACGGCAUAGCACUCCUGUCCGCACUAUACUACUGGACAGCUCCAGAUUCAUACUUGGGUAACAAGCUUACUGCAUAUGGAGGAUACUUGAACUUUACCCUGGUGAAUGAUUUUUCAGUGGAAGGUGUUGGUAAUGAGCAGACCCUCAACAUUAAUGUCAUUAUUGAGGGCAAUGGCCGUGCACUCAUUACAGGGCCUGGUGGCUUGUCGCUCCAGCCUUACGAUAGACAGUCAGUCGCACUUCGGUUUCUGUCUGAGAACUUUAUGGACCUCUACACAAAUAAUGGAAUAGAUCGAGAUCGACUGCUGACCGUUCUAGCAAAUGUAACACGUCUGCAGAUCUGGGCCAAGUACAACGUUGCGAGAGAGUCUCAGUACAGAUUGAGUUCAGUCACUUUGGAUGUAGCAAACCCAAAUGCCAUCGACAUUCUUCCUGCAGUGGACGUGGAACACUGCGAGUGCCCUCUGGGCUACUCCGGCAUUUCUUGUGAGUCUUGCAUCCUGGGCUUUUAUCGUGUUGAUGGAAUACUAUUUGGUGGCAUCUGUCAACAGUGUGAAUGCAAUGGCCAUGCUACAGAAUGUGACACUAAUGGCACUUGCUUGGACUGCCGACACAACACAACUGGACCAAACUGUGAGCAGUGCUCCCCGGGUUUGUAUGGCGAUCCCAGCAGAGGGACUGCUGAGGACUGCAAACCCUGUGCCUGCCCACUGACUGUUCCCUUGAACAACUUCAGUCCCACUUGUUACUUAAACACAACGGGGGAACUUAUUUGUGACCAGUGCCUGCCAGGCUACACAGGAUCCAGAUGUGAAAGGUGUGCUGAUGGUUACUAUGGCAACCCAACAUCACCUGGACGUUCCUGUGAGCCAUGUGACUGCAGCAACAACAUCAACCUGUCAGUUCCUGGAAGCUGUGACCAGUUGACGGGGGAAUGUCUGAAGUGCACCAGGAACACCGCAGGCAGACAGUGCGAGCAAUGCGCAGGCGGAUACUACGGAGAUGCAGUAAUUGCAAAAAACUGCAGCGCUUGUGACUGCAAUGUGAACGGUUCCUACGGGGAGGUGUGUGACCUGCUAACUGGUUAUUGCCAAUGCAAGCACAACGUUCUGGGCCAGAAGUGUGACAUGUGUCUGCAUGGGUAUUUUGGCUUGAGCACGGGACUAGGCUGCAGCCCCUGUAACUGCAGCUUGUUGGGCGCAAUCUCUGAGGACUGCAGCGAGGGCGGGCAGUGCCGCUGCGGGCCGGGCGUGAGUGGCGACAAGUGUGACCGCUGCACGCGCGGCUUUUACAGCUUCCAGGAUGGCGGAUGCACACCUUGUGACUGUGCCUACACUCAGAACAAUUGUGCAUCGGACACUGGCCAGUGUAUCUGCCCACCCCACACCGAGGGAGAGAAAUGUGAAAGGUGUGAGACCAACUACUGGGGCCAUGACCCUGGAAGUGGGUGUCAGCCCUGUAACUGCAGUGUGAUGGGUUCCGUUGGUGUCGGGUGUGAUGUGAUGGAUGGUCACUGCCUUUGUAAAGAGGAAUUCAGUGGAGAAAAAUGCAGUGCAUGUGCAGUUGGAUACAGGAAUUAUCCACAAUGUAUUGCAUGCAAGUGCGAUCCCAGAGGAACUACGCCGGAAAUGUGUGACCUGGCGCGAGGAGUUUGCAGUUGUGAGGAACACACUGGGCUCUGUCCCUGUAAGGGAGGUGUUUCUGGUAUCCGUUGCAAUGAAUGCAAGGCUGGAUCUUUUGCUCUCAAUCUUCGCAACCCGGAAGGCUGCAGUCGCUGUUGCUGCUCCGGCGUGUCUGAUUCCUGCUCAGAACUCCAUGGACUGGUCAGAGUUCCUCUGACCGUGACAUCCAGCCAACUGAUAAUGCAUGUCUUCAGUCAAGCCAAUAUGACUGGUACAACAGAGAACAUCUCUCAGCUUCCAGAUAUCUUGCAGGCUACUGCACUGGUACAGAAACACUCUCAAACAGGACCAUAUUACUGGGCAGCACCUGCUCUGUUCACAGGAGACAAGCUUUUGGCUUAUGGAGGGAAGCUAAGCUACGACUUAACCUAUUAUGAAGAUAGCUCUGGAAACUUGAACCUGGAACCACAGGUCAUCCUGAUGGGAGGUCAUGGCAGGAAACUGAUCAUUUACAGAAAUGUUUCCACACCCGCAACUGGACAGCAAGGCCGGCAUAACAUAGACAUGACUGAGCAUGAAUGGAAGUAUUUCAGUUCAUUUUCUGACAAACUCGUCUCGCGCGCUGACUUUAUGUCUGUGCUCAGCAACAUCGAACACCUUCUGGUUAAAGCUUCCUCUGGCAAUGGGCUCAAGCAGAGCAGAAUUUUGAAUAUCUCAAUGGACAUUGCGAUGGAGGAAGAUGGAACUCAUGCAGGUCGGGAACGUGCAAGUCAGAUUGAGAUCUGUGACUGUCCAUCGGGAUACGCAGGCCUCUCAUGCCAGGAAUGUGCUCCAGGAUUUUAUCGGCAGAUGAUUGCGAAUGGGUCUCACUCACUCGAUCGGGCCUGUAUUUCGUGCCAAUGCCACAACCACAGUUCUGUCUGUGACCUUGAUACAGGAAAAUGUCAAGGAUGCCGAGAUUACACAGCGGGUGACCACUGCGAGCUGUGUGCUUCAGGAUACUACGGCAGAGUAAACGGAUCCAUCAAUGACUGCUCGCUCUGUGCCUGCCCCAGGCCUUAUUCUGGCAGUUUUAGCCCCACGUGUGUGUUAGAAGGUGUAAAUGAUUUCCGCUGUAAUGCCUGCCUGCCCGGCUAUGAAGGACAGCACUGUGAAAGAUGUGCUGCCAGUUACUAUGGCAAUCCAAGUGAGCCAGGCGGUAAAUGCCAUCAAUGUGAAUGUAAUCCAAGUGGCUCCGUCCACAAUAACUGCGAUUCGCUGCUGGGCCAUUGCGUCUGUAAAUCCGGUGUUACGGGUCGUCUGUGUGAUCAGUGUGAACACAAGCACGUGCUGGUAGACAGUGAAUGCAUCUCUUGUGAUGAUGGCUGCACAGGGCUCUUGCUGUCUGACCUCGAAAAUCUGGAAGCUGGUCUGACGGCAAUUAACCUGACCGGGUUUAACCUGGCACCUUAUAAGCUCAUCAUUGCCAUUAAAAGCAUCACUGAGAAUUACAAGAUGUCCUUGUCACCAAAGCGGAACACAACUGCGACCAUCAUGCAGGCGGAGGGACAGAUGUUUGCUUUAGCCUCGGACAUCCGUCACUUACAAUGGAGGGUCACUCAGAAUUCUGGAGAUGGACGGGUUCUGAAUGAAGCUGUGGGGAGAACAUUAACCAGGACUCUGGAGCUUGAAGCGUUUGUAAAUGCGACUUCAAAAUCUAUAAGAGCUCUUGCUGACAUAGCGAAUAACCUGAAUGGGACUCUAGGGUCGGACCUGAAUUUUUCUGACACCAGCCUGCACCAAAUUCAGCAUGAGAUGUUGAACAUGCUGGAGUCCAUGAGAAAAAAAGGAUUCAAUCAAUCUAAGGACAUUGCAGUGACUGAACUAAAGGCUGCAGAAAGCAUGCUAGUGCGGGUGCAGAAGGAGUUUCAGAAACCACACAAGGAAACGGGGGAGCAAAGAGACCGGGUAAUGGAUGCCUUACUGGAGCACAGCAGCAAGUUGAAUGAAGCCCAGGACCUGGUGAAUGAGGCACUCAGCAACACCAAUGAAACAAGCUGGCUUCUCCAGAGCAUCUUGAGCAACCUGGCAGAGCUCAAGGUGAAGCAGCAGACAGUGAAGAGAACUAGAGCACUGACAGUAAACCUGACUCAAGAGGGAAGAGAAAUGGUCGACCAUGCAGCAAAUAUGGUGAAAGAUGUUGUCAACAGCACAGCUAUUCUGGAGCAAGACAGCGAUCAGCUGGAUUUAUGGAAUGCCCAGGUGAGACGACACGUUGACAAGCUGGUGAUGGAGAUGACUCAGAAGAGUGUGCUCAGCCUUGUCUACAGGGCAGAAGGUCAUGCGGAGGAAAUGCAUAACCUUGCUUCUCUGCUGAACAGUUCGCUUGCAGCCGUAAGGAACAUGUCCCUGAAUUCCUCGGUGGCUGUGAAUGCACACACCAACGUCAAGGCCCUGGUCGAAGAAGCCACAGCUAUUGCUUUGGACGCAAGGAACAAAGCUGAUGCUGCUUUGAAAUCGGCCAAGGGUCCUCAAAAGCCACUGGACGAAGUCGGCAAGGAGUCAGUUGUGCACAGUUCAAAGCUCCUGAAUGAUGCCAAUGAUUUGAAAAAGAAAACUGCUGGUCUUGUCAACCAGCUGAGUGGAUUGAAAGAUAAAGUUGACCAACUUCAAAAGAGCGCACACAAUGUAAGCAGUCUGCUGAGUGAGCCAAUGCAGCUACUGGCACAGUUACCUAAUGGUGCCACUGACAGAAUUCGCGAAGCAAAAGAUCGUGCCAUCUCGGCUAAUCUAACAGCAACUGCGACUCUUGAUGAAAUUCAGCAGUUCAGCCAGCAGCUGUUGACCACAUCUGGCAUUUUAAUGAGGGUCAAUAAAACUGUCAGGGAAACAAAUGAGCUCAUCAAUGAUUCAACAAGGACUGCUGUGUCUGCUGGAGCAAAGGUACAAGAGGUUGAAAUUCAAGCCAAUUACCUGUUGGACAGGUUGAAGCCAUUGAAAAUGCUAGAGGACAACUUGAGCAGAAACCUAUCGGAGAUAAAGGAAUUGAUUAAUCAGGCCAGGAAGCAAGCUGCCUCAAUUAAAGUGGCGGUCUCCGCUGACAGAGAUUGCAUCCGCGCCUACCAGCCUGCACUCAUGAGCAGCAACUACAACACUCUGACCCUGAAUGUCAAAACGUCCGAGUCAGAAAACCUACUGUUCUAUUUGGGGAGCAGCAGCAAUUCUGAAUUCUUGGCUCUGGAGAUGCGACGCGGCAGAGUUGCCUUCCUGUGGGAUGUGGGCUCAGGGACGGCAAGAUUAGAAUACCCUGACCUGCAAAUAAACACCAACAAGUGGUACAAGAUCCACGCUGCCAGGUUUGGACGUAUAGGUACUCUCUCUGUUCAAGAAAUUGGAUCUUCGACUUCAGAUAAGCAGGCCGUAAAAAAAGCAACAUCUCCUGGGAUUUCCACUGUACUGGAUGUGAAUAAUUCCACCCUGGUUUUUGUCGGUGGCCUCUCCAAGAAAGUGAAGAAAGCACCAGCGGUGAGAGUUACGCAUUUUAAAGGAUGUAUGGGGGAGGCGUUUCUUGAUGGAAAGUCUAUCGGCUUGUGGAACUAUCGAGAACGAGAAGGGAAAUGCAGUGGGUGUUUUGCAAGAUCCCAAAAUGAAGAUAUUGCCUUCCACUUUGACGGCAGUGGCUACUCAGCUGUUGAUAAACUAUUACGCUCCACAUCAACUCAAUUGGUGAUGCACUUCAGCACAUUCUCACCAAAUGGCCUGCUCCUAUACCUGACUUCAAAUGGCACUAGAGACUUCCUAGCUGUAGAGAUGGCAGAUGGGAAAGUACGGGUAACCUUUGACCUCGGUUCCGGAGUUCUGGCCCUCAUGUCCAAGAAACGAUACAACAACGGAACUUGGUUCAAAAUUGCAUUUCAACGUAACCGCAAACUUGGUGUGUUGGCUGUCAUGAACCCUUUUAAUUCAACGGACCGAGAAACCAUACAAGGAGAAUCGCCUGGAACCGCUUCAGAUCUCAAUCGUGGGCAUAAAGAUCCAAUAUACAUUGGUGGACUACCUCGUUCCAGAAGUUACAGGAAAGAAGUUCUCAGUAAAUCAUUUGUGGGCUGCCUAAAGAAGGUGGAGAUUUACCGAUCUACGUUUGACCUGCUGAGGAAUUCCUUGGGUGUGAAGAGAGGUUGUUUGCUUGAGCCUAUUCGGAGUGUGAGCAUUUUCAGUGAUGGGUACAUUCAGUUACGACCCAAGGUCCUACCAUUGGAGGCGAAGUUAAUGGUGACAUUUUCCACCAAGAAUGACACUGGGCUGAUUGUGGCUGGUCUGGGCAAGUCAACUGGAGGUCGUAAUCGGCGGCAGACAAAAUUGCCGUUCGUCAGCAUUAUGAUCAUCGAUGGGCGUGUGGAAGCUCACAUAAAUACUGGAGAUGGAGUCAACACCAGGAGAGUUGUUGCCAGGUCUCCAUCAGGAACAUACAGCGAUGGGCAGGAACACUCCAUCAUACUCACCAGGAACAAAAGGAUAAUAACAUUACAGAUCGAUGAAGGGAGCCUGCUGGAAAUGAGGCUGGGAUCCUCUGCUGACAGCAGUUCAUUGAACAUUACCAGACUGUUUGUCGGUGGAGUUCCUGCUGGAGAAAGUGCCAUUGUCCUCAAGACAACAAGAUCGUUCAGGGGCUGCAUCAAGAAUUUGGUCCUCAACACUGAGUUGUUAGAUUUUGGUGGAGCUCUGAAGUACCAGAAUAUCGAUCUGGACAGCUGUCUGCUGUCACCGAGACCCACACCUACACAAGAUGACAGAAGCUACAAUCUUACACCUCAGCCCACUGUGAAACCCAUAGAGGCGCCUGAAAACUCAUUGAGUCCCUCUUCCCUGGGCCACAGCUCUCCUUCCAACAAGAAAACUGCGCAGUGUGUCACAGAGGUGUUACCAGGCAUUAUUCCCGAAGCUUACCAGUUUGGACUUGCACAGGGAAGCCACAUGAUCCUCACCCUUGAUGAAAAAACAGUGAAGAGAAAAUUUACUCUCCAGCUGAACAUCAGAACAUAUGCCUCCAGCGGACUGCUGUACUACAUGGCCCAUCAAAACCAGAUUGACUACGCAGCCCUUCAGCUUUGGAUGGGCCGACUGCAUUUCCUCUUUAACCUUGGGAGAGGCACAACAGUGGCUGUUAUGCCAAAUCCCAUUAAUGAUGGCCAGUGGCAUUCAGUAAAAACCGAAUAUGCAAAGCGUCGCGGCGUGAUAACGGUGGAUGGGAAGGAAUCCAGAUCUACUCUGGCUGAUGGCGACUCAUUGGAAGUGGAAGGAAAGUUAUACCUUGGAGGCUUGCCACUCGAUUACAAAGCUAGGAAAAUAGGAAAUGCAACACACAGUGUUCCUGCUUGUCUUGGCGGUGUGACCUUGAACAACAAACCCGUAGACAUGGAAAGGCCGGUCUCUAUCCUUGCAGUGAGCAGAUGUUACGCUGCCAUCCAGGAGGGCUCGUUCUUUGAUGGCACUGGAUUUGCUGCACUGGUCAAAGAAGGUUACAAAGUGAGGUCAGACUUAAUUGUUGCAUUUGAGUUCCGCAGCACAUCCAGGAAUGGCGUGCUGCUUGGCAUCAGCAGUGCCAGGAUUGACGCCAUUGGCCUGGAGAUCGUAGAUGGCAAGGUCCUGUUCCACGUAAAUAACGGAGCUGGGAGAAUUACUGUCAGAUAUGAGCCCAAAGAUGCAAGCCAGCUGUGCAAUGGCAAGUGGCAUAAACUUCGAGCCAAUAAGAGCAAACAUCGUAUUGCACUGACUGUGGAUGGAGUUACUGUGCAGGUUGAUAAUCCUCACAUACAUUCGACCUCAGCAGAAACUAAUGAUCCAAUCUACGUGGGUGGCUAUCCAGCUAAUGUGAAGCAGAAUUGCCUGACCAUUCAGAAAUCAUUCCAAGGUUGCAUGAGGAACGUCAAGCUGACAAAAAACCAACAGACAGAGGCCUUUGACUUCAGCAGAGCUUUUGAUCUCCGAGGAGUCUUCCCUCACUCCUGUCCUGGCACGAAACAGUAGCUUCGAAGAGAAGGUUUUUAAAGCAAACUGGAGCCAUACCUAUCUUACCAUUGUAUUAAGUGUUCUCCUCAACUCAGAAUAACUAUGUAUUUUAAGUCAGCAAGAAUUCCUGUUUAUGAAAGUUCCUUAACUAAAUCAUUUUGUACUGUACAACAAGUACCUCCAUAAAAGCAAGCAUUAACAGCAAGAGAGUGAAUAUUUUAAUAUUUUGUCAUCCAGGUUUACAAUUGAUCUUCUUUGACAGUAUUCACUGAAUAUUAAACUUUGUUCAUUUUGAAUAUUUUAACGUUUUCCUUUGUAAUUAAAAUGCAAACAAGAUUUGA